AUGCCAUCACAAACCAUACACCCCUCCGUCCUCCUCCUCCUCCUCCUCCUAUCCCUCACCGUCCCCACCACAGGCUCAUUCAACUGGGACAUCACGUCCCACGGCAUCGUAUCCGGCUGGCGCUGGGAGAAGCCCUGGCCGCACGACGACUCCUCCCUGAUGCAGUUCGACGAGCUCUGCCGCGCCUCGGCCACCUUCCCGGCCCGGCAGUACAAGUUCUCCGACCUCGACGCCGAUCCCGUCGUCAAGCCCUACGGCCCCGCCAUCCGCGACCUCGCCACCGGCCGCGUCUACCCGGGCAGCUGGGACGGGGUCAACGUCAAGGGUCCGCAGCGGGACGUGCUGCUGGUCGAGUGGGUGCGCAUCCCGCGUCUGGCGAGGGGCUGGAUACAAGCCCAACUCGAGACUGAAGAUGGUCGCAAUAGGCAUUUUUUCAGGGUCGUGGAGAGGAAGGCUGGUGGGGCUGGUGGGGCUGGUGGCAGUAGCGGCGUCGUCGGCAAUGGCGUGACGGACUUUACUGAGGGUUUGCAAGGGGUGAGGGACGAGGAAAAGGUGCUGAUCACGGCGCCGGGGGAGUUGUAUCAGUUUCUGCCUUUGUGGGUGGCCGAGGGAAGCAAAUGCGAAGACACACUCAAAGACUUGACCAGCUACGUCGCCACAAGAGCUAAAGACACGUGCGUCGUAGCCUGGCCGACGGACCACAGCAGACCUCUGCUCGAACAAGGCAAAAAGGACAUCAACUUCACCAUCGAGGCGCGGCUGGUCAGAGAGACCGAGGAUGGACGCACCGCCCGCAUCUUUUGGGAGAAACACCACCAGAACAUGCAGAGGCUGCACCGCAAGAUCGACCGCGAGGAGAGGGCGGCGAGCAGAAAAGGGGUGGAGAGGGAUAGGGCGGCACCUCAUGAUGAGCUCUGAUCUGUCUUGAGUCUGACAGGAGGACCCAGAGGGUUGAUACACGACGUCCGUGUAGAGCGAGACAAGUAAAAUACUUGGAGGCCAUCCUGAUGUUAGGCUUGUAAAGGCGAAUAAAGUCGUGAAGCUCGGCUCUGGGAAUAUAUUGUGCCAAGACAGUUACCACUAGCCAGGCGCAUCAACUCAUUGUUUGUAUAUAAACACAUGAUCCUGGAUCUCGGGCUAACAGAGCCACCAGGACAAAUCUGGCUAAAGACUACCAC